AGGACUCGGUUUAUGGGAAGAGCAGAAAAGAUUGAAAGAUGUUAAAAAAACACUAUUAAGCAGCGAUUUUAAUAGUGAGCAAAUAGUAAUAGGGUAUUCUUGCCAUUUAAUAAAUAAUGCACAUUUAGCAGCCUCUAUUAAUGAUGAAACUUUUCUUGUAUCUUGGAAUGGUGAUGAGAGACUAAAGAUAGACAGGUGUGACAUCCGGUCUCUUUCCUCCUCUGAAAGAGAAUUUCAAAAGAGAAGAAAAUUUUCUUAUGACUUUAUAGAUAUGAUCCCGGAGCAUGACAGAGACGAAUUUGAUUUUUUACAGAGUGAACGUUAUUAUUACCUAAACAACCAAGACAUUCAAAGUGAAAAUCCUUUAAUUCUCCUCGAAAGUAGCAAUAAAGAAGGAGUUGCGGCCUACUUAAAAGACUGUGAAAGAGAUUUCAAGCUUUGCGCUAAUUUUGCUUCGGACCGGCCGUCGCUUCCUUCGGAGCCUCCGUUGGAAUUAGAAAGAGAGGAGAUUUACGACGGCCCGACCGCGAAGUGUCUCGCUGAAGGUCGAGCAUUGCCUAUUGAUCGCCAGUCAAGACCGCCUAUGCCAUGUUAUGAUUUUGAGAUUCCUGACAGCAUCCAGUGGAUUCCAAUAAACAAAGGCGUGUUUAUUAUAAUUAAAAAAACGUGCGAGUUUGUUACGGCUUUUGGGACAUCCUACGAAAUUGCGUUGAAGGCUGUUCUAAAGGAUAACCCGCUUGUUGCUUUUCUCUUCAAAGAGCAUCCCCUUUACCCUUUUUAUAAAUUCAUCUGCGAACGUUUAAGUAAAAAAGAAUCCGUUAAUCUUAAAGAUGAUGCUGGAGUUUGUGAUUCAGAAGAAAAGUCUAUCAAAACGGAAGAUGUUAGUUUUAAUGAAAAGCUUCACAGCGAAAGUAAAACCGCAUCGUUGGUCCAAUACCAAGUUUCGGAUGAAGAGAAUAGCGAUGCCACUGGAGGAGCGAGAGGUCUGAAGGGAAGUCAAGAAAUUCCCAGAAGCCCUCGCACCACUGUCAAGGGCUGCUGUUCGCCUUCAGAAAAGGAACAAUCGGUAGUCAUCCAGUUAAAAAAAAACUCUGAUAAGGAUGUAAAUAAUGUUUUUCUGGAUUACUCUUCCGAAUCGGGCGAUGAGAAAAUUAAUAAAGAGGCAGUUGGUAAUAAGCAUAAACAUAAAACUGGCAGUGUUAGGCACGCUAGGGCGGAUGAAGAUGACAGAGAGUCGCAGGACUCGCAAUCUUUUGGUAUGAAACUGGACGAUUUGCUUGAAAAGUCUUAUCAGAUGAGUAAAAAGAAACAUAAGCAUGAGACCUCCAAAAGCAGCUCCUCGAAAAAUCGAUCUCGGUCGAGAUCGAAGCGAACAAGAAAAGAUCGUUCAAGCCAUCGCGCUUCGAAACGAAGGAAGCGCUCGCGACGGCGAAGCCGUAGCAGAAGUUGAAAAAUUGCGUUUUUUGGCGUGGCACUGGCAUUGUAAAAACGCUUUUCCGCGUAGAAACUUUUCAGUUGUUCUCGCUACCGUUUAAUUAUUAUUUAAAAGAGAAGAAAUUUGCAUCACUGAGGGUUUUAU